UCAAAACAGAACAGUAUACAUUACUACUUAAAACUUAAUCAUGUAAAGCUAUUGAUUGAUUACCUGCACUGGAUCAAUAAUUAUGUAGUGUUCACAUUACAGAUAAGGUUGAAAAGAAAUGGCGUGUUAUAAUGUGGAUUUACCCCACGACAAGGAUUCCCAUUUAUUCGUGUGUUAUGAAAGCAAUAAAAUAAAUGAAGUGCGUUUGCUCGUGGACAAUCUGGAACAGAAUGGGAUAAAGUGUUGUUAUUAUGAACGAGAUUUUACAGCGGGAUGUUCUAUAAUGGAAAAUAUGUACAGAGCUAUCACGAAGAGCAUGAAUAUGCUCGUAGUUCUAUCUGAGGAGUUUAUAAACAGUAAAUACUGUUUACACGAAUUAGACGAAGCACUGAACCUUAAAAUAAAAGGAGAUUACAAUCUUAUCCCUAUUAAGAUUGAACCUUGUGUAAUUCCGGAAAAUAUCCGACAUCUAACAUACAUUGACGCAGAAGGGGAGAUAGAAACAGCAUAUCUUAAGAUAAUUAACGCUGUAAUUAACAAAGAAAUCCUGUCUGAUAACAGAGAAACGAAAAACGGAAAGCAUCUGCGUUUUACUGCCGAAGGAUAUAAAACAAGCAACAUGGCUUUAGCAAGGUAUAGGAUUCACCUGACGGACACUGACAAAGCCAAGAUCUGGAAUUCAGGUUUUGAGAUUUCAGCAAAUCUGCUUGAUGAAAUAGAAGAAACUAUAAAUGGGUCGCUGUUUAUGCAAUGGCAACAUAUUUGGAAACACUCCCAUUUAAUCAUUUCUGCCCUAUCCCUGUGUGUGCUAUUGUUCCUCCUGGUGCUGUUUCUUUUACUGCUUCUGACUACAAGCGGAAAGGAGAGAACAAACAUUUAUCAACCAGCUGGAUAUGUGCUGAUAAUUGUUAUGCCAGUUGUCCUUUCUGUGGGAAUGAUAUGUCUUUUUCUUAACUGUAUAUUCAAAAACAAAUGGAGAGGAAUUUUCAAAAUAUAUUUGAAGACGUACAGCAUCUUGAAUGACGACAUCUGGAGAAUAAGCGUGGAAAACCAAGAGCAGACGGGAGCAAUAUUCUACAUGUUAGCAUACAGUGCCAACAGUCCUGAUCGCAUUUCGCUUAAUAUCAUGCGAUACAACUUCAGAACUUGCAAGGCAUACUUUGCUAGACGGCUAGGGACGAGAGAAGCGCUAAAGAGUUUCUAUUUGGAACAGGAAACAGCAGAGGAAUGUACGAAUAGACUGUUUGACAAGUUUGUAAGGAUUAAUCCAGAAUACAUGGAAACACCAAGUUCAACUCAGCGUCACAAAAUGGCGAAUGGUGCUAAAUGUGUAUGUCUACUUGUUGAAGAAUGGCUAGAUUCUCAAAUGAAAUGAGGCAUAUACGUUAAAUUCAAACUAAGUUUUCUGUCUUACAAUUGAUAUUUUCGUGUUUCUGUAUAAAGAGAAAUGCAUUCUUUAACUUUGCAUUAGUAAUGGUGCCGUGGUUUGUUCUUUCCAACCAGCGUAAAUGUUGUCAUCUAAAUUUUAUGUUUUAUUAUCAUGUUAAUUUUCAAGGUCAAAAUAUUUUACAGCUACAUUUCAGAAUGUGUAAAACAGAGAACUUGUAAAGAAAUAAUUAAAUGCCCAGUUUUUAUUGAAUCAUAUUUUAAACCUGAUCUUGAAAUUUUCUAAACGGACAGAAAACAUAAACGUCUGUCUUGUUGGCUGGUGUUGUUUUACCAGUUAGAAUAUAGGAAGUCAGCUUUGUUGCCACAAACUAUAAGAUAGACUUUUCGCUAUGUAGGUGACUGUAAAAUAUUUUACCCUUGAUAUUUAUGUAAGGAUUUUAUAAAAAUAUCUAUGUAAGUCAUGUAUAUUACCGAAAGAAAAUCAAAGUCUAAAGAGUUUUCUUGCUUGUUUAUAUGUUAAUAAAAGUUAUAGAGAGAUUUUUAUUUCAUGCAUAGUCAUUGUUGUGAUGCAGUUCGGUACUAUCCAAUGAUUUCUGAAGACCUGUAAUAAAAUGUAAAGAUUAUAAAUGGCUUCAAAACAUAACAUAACUUUCAUGUAAUCAUAUUUUUAAGAAGAUCUUUUCGAAGCAUAGAAUGCUACCAAACAAAA